GAGAGAGGGUAGAAGAGGAAGGGGAGAGGUGCAGAGAGAGGGAGAGAGAGAGGGUUGAGUUGGUUUUGUUUUGUGGGUGAGCUGGGGAGUCCCGGAGGAGGAGAGAUAGGGAGGAGAAUUAUGGCGGUGAAGUCAAAGCAUGGGCAGAGGAGGUGAAGGGGAAGAGAAAGGAGAAAUUUUUGGGAGGGAAGAGGUGGGAGUGGUUUAGAGUCGAAUGGUAUUGAUCAUCGGCGGUGAGAAUUGUCGAUGGGCGGCGGUGGGGCGGCGGGCGUGUGGUAGAGAGGAAAGAGGUGGGGGCGGGGGAGAUAAGGGAGGAUGACUCGGGGCAAAGGUAAAAACGGUCUGCUGCCGAGCUCGCUGCGGAUCAUCUCAUCGUGCCUGAAGACAGUGUCGUCGAACGCAGGGACGGUUGCGAGCAGCGUCCGAUCUGCCGGAGCAUCUGUUGCUGGAUCGAUUGCGUCACCGACGGAGGAUGAAAAGGACCAGGUACUAUGGGCUGGCUUUGAUAAGCUGGAGCUUGGUCCAUCUUCGUUUAAGCAUGUUCUACUUCUCGGUUAUUCAAAUGGGUUUCAAGUGCUUGAUGUUGAGGAUGCCGCUAGUGUCUGUGAACUGGUUUCUAAGCGUGAUGGUCCAGUUACUUUUUUACAGAUGCAGCCCACGCCAAUCAGUUCUGAAGUUACCGAAGGGUUCAGGGCAUCACAUCCUAUGCUCUUGGUUGUUGCUGGUGAUGAGACCAAUGGCUCAGGUGUAGUCCAAGGUGGCCGUUUGAGUGCAUUGAUCAGAGAGAAUAGCAGUGAACCUCAGGCAGGAAGUUGUGUCUCUACUCCUACUGUUGUUCGGUUCUACUCACUCAAGUCUCACAGUUAUAUUCAUGUUUUGAGAUUCCGCUCUGCUGUAUAUAUUGUUCGAUGCAGCUCCCGAAUAGUUGCUGUUGCGCUUGCAGCACAGAUAUAUUGCUUCGAUGCUGUUACUCUUGAAAACAAGUUCAGUGUUUUAACCUAUCCAUUACAAGGAGCAGCUGGUGUUAACAUUGGUUGUGGUCCGAUGGCUGUUGGUCCUAGGUGGUUAGCUUAUGCUUCCAAUAACCCUCUCAUAUCAAACACGGGUCGCCUUAGUCCACAAAAUCUUACUCCCUCUCCAGGUGUAAGCCCAUCAACUUCUCCCAGCAGUGGAAACCUUGUUGCUCGAUAUGCUAUGGAAUCUAGUAAAACAUUGGCUGCUGGAAUUAUCAAUCUGGGAGAUAUGGGUUACAAAACUCUGUCUAAAUAUUGCCAAGAACUACUACCUGACGGUUCUAACUCUCCUUUGUCAUCAAGUGUAGGUCGGAGAUCUGGAAGAUUUCAAACUAUGACACAUCCAAGCGAGCCUGACAAUGCAGGAAUGGUUGUCAUUAAGGAUUUUGUUUCCAAGGAAGUUAUUUCUCAAUUUAGGGCUCAUAGCAGUCCAAUAUCUGCUCUAUGUUUUGACCCUAGUGGUACCCUAUUGGUCACAGCUUCAGUACAUGGGCACAAUAUAAAUAUUUUCCGAAUUAUGCCAACUCGUGUACAGAAUAGUUCGAACCCAGCAUGUUAUGAUUGGACGUCAUCACAUGUUCAUCUUUACAAGCUAUAUCGUGGACUAACAGCAGCUGUCAUACAAGAUAUAUCUUUUAGUCAUUAUAGCCAGUGGAUUUCAAUUGUUUCAUCUAGAGGCACCAGCCACAUAUAUGUUCUAUCGCCUUUUGGCGGUGAUGCUAGCCUUCAACCACAAACUAUAAAUGGUGAAGGCCCAGUUCUUACUCCUAAUCUAACAUCACCCUGGUGGUCAGCUUCAUGCUGCAUGAUCCACCAGCAAUUACACCCACCUCCAUCUCCAAUCACAUACUCUGUAAUUAGUAGAAUUAAAAAUUUUAAUUCUGGAUGGCUAAACACUGUAAGCAAUGUUGCCGCAUCUGCUGCGGGAAAGGCUUCUGUACCAUCAGGUGCAAUUGCUGCAGUGUUCUAUAAUUCUCUGUAUCAUGACUCUAUACCAGGUACUGGCAAGGAAAAUUUUUUGGAACAUAUCCUGGUGUAUUCCCCAUCUGGCCAUGUCGUACAACAUGAACUUCUUCCAUCUUCGUUAGUGGAGUCUACUGAUAGCAGCUUGAAAGCUGUACCUGCUCCUCUAUUUCAAGCUCAAGAUGAAGAAUUACGUGUAAACUCUGAGCCAGUUCAAUGGUGGGAUGUUUGUAGAAGGUCAAAUUGGCCAGAAAGAGAGGAAAAUAUUUGCCAAGUUAUUUUGUACAGUCAGCAAAAUAGUGAGAAAAUCCCGGAUCCUGGAGAUUCUGAAGAUAAUGGAACAUCAUAUGCCAUGUCUUCCGCCAGUGGUGCAUCUGGGGCAGAAUCAGUUAGGAGUGAAAGAUCCCACUGGUUCAUCUCAAAUGCUGAAGUGCAGAUUAACUCAGGAAAGAUCCCAAUAUGGCAGAAAUCGAAGAUUUGCUUUUGCAUAAUAACUCCAUCGGGAGCUGGUGAAGUUUUUGCAACAGAUUAUACUGGUGGAGAGAUUGAGAUUGAAAAACUACAUUUUGAUGAGGUGGAAGUGAGGCGAAAGGAUUUGCUUCCUGUUUUUGAGCAAUUUCGAGGCUUCCAAUCACAAGGGACUGACAGAGUUGGUCGAACUUCAUCAUCAGUAUCUUGCCAAGGUAAAUAUGAGUUCAGCAGGAAUACAGCCAAUCAUAGCUUCAAGACAUCAUCUCGGUCAGAUUUUGGGACAAGACCGACAAGUGGUUUGCUUGAUUUUGAUGAUCCAGCAUCUGGCAAACCAGCUAUUUUACCCUCAACGCAGACGGCUUUUCCGAGUGAAUCAAGUCAUGGUUCAUCUUCAAUCAUCCGUAAUGAUGUUGCCGCAUUGUCAGAAACUAAACCAAGUACGGCACCAAUUAGGUGCUCCAAAGAUUACAUGCAACUGCAUGCAAACCAAAGUCCAAGUUAUUUUAUCGAAGAUGGCUGUGUCGAUACUGGGGUGUCAGGAAGAUCAAAUAGUGUGCCAUGUAAUGGUAGACUAGCAGACGAUGAAGAUGGCGGUAAAGUUCCAAAGUUAUACAUCUCCAGCAACCAUGCGGAUCAUGCUGAACGCUCUGAUUCCAACAAUUCAGUUGAAUAUGUCCAAUAUUUUGAUGAGGGCUAUUGUAAAGUAUCAGAACUCGAUGACUGCCGUGAGUUAACUGAAGCUGUUGAUGCAGACAGCAACAGCAGCCACUGCGAGAGAGAAAAGCCUGAUGAAGAUGGGGACAACAACGACGAAAUGGUGGGAGGUGUCUUCGCCUUCUGUGAAGAAGGUUAACGACGCAUGGGACUUUCACCUUCUACGGUUCUGUUGUUGUCUUCGUCACCUUUUUUAGAUGACCGAUUCUAUGUGAAUGUAUUUACACUACAACUCCUCUUUUCUAUUCGAUUUGAUGUGGCAAUCGAAGGUGAAACAAUGUUUAUACAAGUGAGCCCAGCCGAUCGGGAAGUCCUGAAUUUUAGUGCAGUGGGGAGACUGAAGCUGAACAUAUUCAACCAUCUUCCUUCCGGCAUUUCUCUGUAUAUUCUGUACAUUUGGAUUUUAAUUCAUGUCGAAAGACUUGCUGCCCUUCCCGGAGAUGAUCUCUGGCUAGGUGUUUACUUGUAUAGAAGUGUUUACUACUACGAACGAGGUGAUUUAUCGGCAUUAAAUUAUGUCCACUGCAUUUUACAGUCGCUUGAAAUUUGAUUGAAUUUCUCGCAAA